AUGAAAACGCUGGGCAUUUUUCAACCCCCCCAGGGUAUUCGUUUUUAUGCGUCAACAUGGGAAGUACCCCAAUUUUUUAUACGAGGCUCACAGAUAGGGAGUACUCAAAUGAGCCACUUAGGGGAAGAAACUGACCAGAGGAAGCUUCCCCAUUGGAGUAGAAACACCCCGCCCGGAAACCUUCAGAGUGGAAAAGAGGGCGACUUGUUUGAGAGACUCAUCAGGAUUUACGUGGACGUCAUUUUUAACUACGACAGAUAUCCUCCCCAUGUCCAGCACUUGCACAUUUUGGGUAGAAGUCUCCUAAUGGAUAAAGUACUAAAUGUGCGAAGCAGCAAAAACCACAAGAAAAAACUGCUUAACUGUGAGGAAAAUAAACCGUCCGAAAAUCUGAAUGAAUAUCUUGUACGCUUAAAUGAAGCAGCAUUACGAAAUAAAAAAUUAUCAGAGAAUGAGAAAAAGGAUGUGAUAAAAAAAGUCAAAAAUAUUUUCAACCAUAAAAAUGUGUUGUAUGCAUUAUUUACCCUACAACAUAACAGGAUUUUAUUUAAUUUUUCUGAGCAUUUAUUUUUAAAGCAUAUCGAAAUUUGCUUUUUAAAUUCCGCCAUCAGUACCAGGAUGGAUAUUUAUCGAUACAUCAGACGGUUUGGGGUCGACAAUAUUUUCCUUUACGUCUUCGAAUACUCUGACAAUUUUCACAUUUUGAAGAAACGCCAUGAAAUUGUCAAGGGGUUAUUUUUCGGAAGUACCUCCUGA